UCUGUGGUAUGUAAAUUCGAUUGUUAUUCACGGAGUUUUCGUUUGAUUUGUAUCGUCGUAUUUCUCUCGUAUUCGAAAUAUAGGAAGUGCACACGUAUUUUACUAUAUUACUAUAUUUAAGUUGGCAAUAGCCUGACAUGCGCGGAAUCACACUGUGAAAAUUAUUAAGAUCCAGGUUAAGAGACUUCAAAAUAAUCGACAUUCUCAGGCUGUAAUAGCACGAAAAGAAUCGCGCGUGUGUGCACUUUUAAUCUCGUGAGUGGAUGACAAACACAGGUUUCGCGGAGAGCACAUGUUUACGCGGUUAAAAAGGUGCUGCGGGUAUUUAAUCGUUACGCGUGAAAUGUCGAAACAGCGCUCCACGAAGAACGCGAAGGCGUCGAAGACGGCGAGCACCAACGUUCCAUCUACAGGACCUGUGAUUUUAGAUAAAGACGGAAACGUUGCGAUUAAAAUUCAAGCUAAACCCGGAGCGAAAUGUAACAACAUAACUGAUAUUUCCGAUGAAGCAGUGGGCAUUGCAAUUUCCGCCCCGCCGACGGAAGGUGAAGCUAAUGCCGAACUCGUCAAGUACUUAGCUUCGAUUUUUGGAGUAAGAAAAUCCGAUGUCACCUUGGACCGGGGAUCUCGAAGUCGGCAGAAGGUAGUCGUAGUGUCGGGAAUUACGACAGAUCAAGUUUUGACGAAAUUGAAAGGAGAGAUGGAUAAUUAAAUGCACUUUAAAAAUAAAUUUUUCUAUCAUUAAAUUUUUUUUCAACUUA